GCCGCCGCCGCGGCCAGAGUUUGCGCUCUGAGGCGCGGCCAGGCCCACCCGCAGAAGCCGCCGGGCCUGCCAGGGUCUCCUUCCCUCCCUCGCUCCCUCCUUCCCUCAGCCCAGGCGGCGCGGCGGGCCGGGCCGGGCCGGCUCCUUCUGCUUUGCGGCCCGGCGGAGCGGGCAGCCAUGGCGGCGGCCGAGACGAAGAUCAUCUACCACCUGGACGACCAGGAGACGCCCUACCUGGUCAAGCUGCCGCUGCCGGCCGAGCGGGUCACGCUGGGCGACUUCAAGGCCCUCCUCAACCGGCCCAGCUACAAGUUCUACUUCAAGUCGAUGGACGACGACUUCGGGGUUGUGAAGGAAGAAAUUUCAGAUGACAAUGCCAAGCUUCCGUGUUUCAAUGGCCGGGUGGUAUCCUGGCUGGUGUCUGCCGAGGGGUCGCAUUCGGAUGCUGGUUCAGUCUGUGCCGACAAUCAGCCGGAGCUCCCCCCUUCCAUUGAGCGUACUGGAGGCAUCGGAGACUCAAGGCCUCCUUCUUUUCACCCCAACACUGGGGGGAGUCGGGAAAACCUGGAUAAUGAGACAGAGACGGACUCAGUGGUGUCGCUACAGAGGGAACGACCGCGCAGGAAAGAUGGGCCUGAGCAUGCACCCAGGGUGAAUGGGACUGCCAAGGGGGAACGACGACGAGAGCUUGGUGGCUACGAGAGCUCCUCCACUCUAAUGAGCAGUGAACUGGAGACAACCAGUUUCUUUGACUCGGAUGAGGAUGAUUCUACCAGCAGGUUCAGCAGCUCAACAGAGCAGAGCAGCGCCUCUCGCCUGAUGAGGAGGCACAAGCGGCGCCGGCGGAAGCAAAAAGCACCACGUAUUGAGCGGUCUUCGUCCUUCAGCAGCAUCACGGAUUCCACCAUGUCACUGAACAUCAUUACAGUCACCCUUAACAUGGAGAAGUAUAAUUUCUUGGGCAUCUCCAUCGUCGGGCAAAGCAACGAGCGGGGUGACGGUGGCAUCUACAUUGGCUCCAUCAUGAAGGGAGGUGCUGUGGCAGCGGAUGGAAGAAUUGAACCAGGAGACAUGCUGCUACAGGUGAAUGAUAUAAACUUUGAGAACAUGAGCAACGAUGACGCUGUGCGUGUUCUGAGGGAGAUCGUGCACAAGCCAGGGCCCAUCACCUUGACAGUUGCCAAGUGUUGGGAUCCCAGUCCCAGGGGAUGCUUCUCACUACCUCGGAGCGAGCCCAUCCGGCCCAUCGACCCCGCGGCCUGGGUGUCCCACACGGCGGCGAUGACCGGCACCUACCCAGCGUACGGUAUGAGCCCAUCCAUCAGCACAAUCACUUCCACCAGCUCCUCCAUCACCAGCUCCAUCCCCGAAACCGAACGCCUCGAUGACUUUCACCUAUCCAUCCACAGCGACAUGGCCACCAUCGUCAAAGCCAUGGCCUCGCCAGAAUCCGGCCUGGAGGUACGCGACCGCAUGUGGCUGAAGAUCACUAUCCCCAAUGCUUUCAUUGGUUCGGAUGUAGUUGAUUGGCUUUAUCAUCACGUGGAAGGCUUCACGGACCGGCGAGAGUCCCGCAAAUACGCCAGCAACCUGCUGAAGGCCGGUUAUAUCCGGCACACAGUCAACAAGAUCACUUUCUCGGAGCAGUGCUACUACAUCUUUGGUGACCUCUGUGGCAAUAUGGCCAACCUGUCUUUGCACGACCACGAUGGAUCCAGUGGCGCUUCUGACCAGGACACGUUGGCUCCGUUGCCCCACCCGGGAGCUGCCCCAUGGCCCAUGGCCUUCCCGUACCAGUAUCCGCCGCCUCAUCCGUACAACCCCCACCCAGGAUUUCCUGAUCCCGGCUACAGUUACGGAGGGGGAAGUGCGGGCAGCCAGCAUAGUGAAGGAAGCCGGAGCAGCGGCUCAAACCGCAGCGGUAGUGAGAGAAGGAAGGAGCGAGAGCCCAAAGCUGGCGAGUCCAAGUCAGGGGGCAGUGGCAGCGAGUCGGACCACACUAGCCGCAGCAGCAUGCGGCGAGAGCGGGCUGCCAGCGAGCGUUCGGUGCCAGCCAGCCAACGCAGCCACCAUUCGCUGGCGCACAGCAUCCGCAGCCACCACAGCCAGCAGUCUUACGGGCCGCCCGGCCUCCCGCCUCUCUACAGCCCCCCCAUGCUCCUGAUGCCUCCGCCGCCUUCUGCUAUGGGACCCCCCGGGGCCCCUCCUGGCCGAGACCUGGCCUCGGUGCCCCCCGAACUGACAGCCAGUAGACAGUCAUUCCGAAUGGCCAUGGGCAACCCCAGUGAGUUUUUUGUGGAUGUAAUGUGAAAUACUGCCCCUCCCCCCCACCCCCCCGUCUGUCCUCUGCUGCCCGUCGGUUUAUCUCCUAGGAACAGCCUGGCCGCAUCCUGUCUGGGGACUUUUUUUAUCUUGAUAAUUAUGAAAAGGGAAAAAGAAAUAAACUGAACUAAACAUUUUGAUUCUAAUCCCUGCCUGUGAUUGGACCCAGCAGCCUCUCCCGCCUUCCCCCCCCGGAUAUGAGUGCAGAGGCGAGUCCCCGUGCUUGCGCCACGUGUCCCCCACCCUCCUAACUUUUUCUCUAACUCAUUAAUCUGCACCUGCCUGAAUCCUAUCCUGCUCUGCUUGCCUGUGACUCCCCCACCAGCUCACUUCUCCCAACCCUAAACACGUGCCCUCUUUCUUCUCGCCCCUUUUUGUGUUCUUUUCUGUCGAGCAGCCAAGAAUUACGGGGUGUUUGACUUCCUUUGAGCUGGCCGCCCACGGUGGGGAGAGCUGCAGCACCCACUGGCAGUGGUUUGACUCCCCCCUCCCGACGGAGGAAGAUGCAGAGCCCCGUGGGCAGGCACUUGGGCCCGCGUGGGGGCCGAAGAUGGUUUCUUUCCCUACAGGUGGAGGAUGCCCUGCUUUAUCCGUAACCCCAGGAGGGGUGUGGGGCUGAGAGCCAGCUGUGUCUGUCUUCAGUUUGAUAAAUGUAGCAACUUGGUGGCCAUUGGCAUGAGGCUGGGACGAAUGUGAAGGCGAGCCCUUUCCUCGGCCAGGGAGGGGUACGACUGCUCCUUGCGUUCUCAGUGGGAGCCUCUCUAGGGAGGUAUAGGAAAUUGCCGGAGGAGGCUUCUGCCUGCCCUGCCCUCUUUACUCUCCCCUGUCUUGACUGGAGCCAAAAGUGACUUUGCCAACUCCUGUGUCGGUAGCGGGGAUGUGGCCACUAUGUUUCUGGCCAUGGCAACCCUGCUCCUGAACAUACCAAAGGUACAGAUGCUGUCCUCUCCUCUGGGAAAAGGCUUCCUCUUAGACUGCAUUGCUACAGAGGAAAUCCAACACAACCCCCUCUCUGAACCAGCACUCCCCCCGCCCCAACAGCAUUCGUAGUUAAUCGUCCUCUUGCUGUGCUUCAGGGAUCUAGUUAAGCCCUUUGUACCACCCCAGACCCAUCUUUUCUUGGUGUAUAAACGUCUGUCUCUGGGUCAGAGAUGCAUUGCUUGCGUUGCUCCUCCGCCCCAGCCUACUUUGCUGUUUGUUUAAACGGAGUGGAUUAUGGGCACUUGCGCUUUUUCCUCCUGCCCUUCCUUCCCCCUUUAAAAAAAAACUGUCCUUUUUUUCUUUUCCCUUCCUUUCUGUUUUCUUAACUGGUGGGGGACUUUCUAACAAAAUUAGCUAACUAGGAAAUAUUCGGGGGGGGGGGAUCACUGGGACUAUUCCUUCUUCUGACAGGUUGAGGACCCUGUUGUGUCCAGAGCUCUGUAAAUAAAGCCCAGUGUCCGUUCUAAGGGGGUUCCUAGGCCUUCGGAGGUGUGAGGAUGAGCUUGGAGGUGUGCUGGCUGUGCCUCCUGAAGUCAUAGGAGCCAGACGAACUGCUGCUUAAGGUGUGCCAUGCCUUUUAGUGCCCUACACGACAGUUAGCAGAAACAGAGUCCGUUAAGUAAAAGAAGGGACAUCUGGCACGUUGACUUGAUUUGCCUAAUGUAUAAAAGGUAGAACUAAUCUUUUCUUCUUGUGUAGUCUGGGUGGCCCUGUGCUUUGCCUGGCUCCCACCUCCCCCAGCUCUGCUUUCCCCACACCUAGAGAACGUCCUUUGUUUGCCCUGGUACCAAACUUCCUUGCUGCCGCUUUGUUGGGAACUCCAAAGAGCUGUCAGGACAGUGAGCUGCUGUUGUACUUCAAAGCAUGCCUUUGUGAUCCCACGUCCUUCCCUUUCCGUGAGUGUGGAAGAGGUCGAGGCCGUGGCUCAGUGACAAAGCACCUGCUUAACACGCAGAAGGUCCCAGGUCCAAUUCCCAGCAGCAUCUUCAGCUAAAAGGAACAGGUUGUAGGCGGUGUCGAAAGACCUCCACUUGAGACCCUAGAGAGCAGCUGCCGGUCAGAGUAGACAAUACUGACCUUGAUAGACCAAUAGUAUAAAGCAGUGCCGCGUUUUUAGGAAAGGUGUUCGCUGUAGCAAUACGCUUUCUUUAAAUGCUAAGCCGUGGUGCUGUUUCCCGUACUCUUCUCCAGUGGGGCUAAGAAGGUGUGCAGGGCGUGUGCGGCCAAGAGCCGUCCUCUCUCCUCCUGCCUGGAUUUCUCCAGCCACCGCUUGGAUCGGCCUCAUCUCGCCACCUUUCCUUUGUGCAUUGGAGGAGGAGCAGCAGCACCUACAGCCCUAGCCCGUCGCGUCUUUGUUAGUAAAACUGGUUUCUUUUGGGACACGGUUGGCUUCUCAUAGUGUCGGGAUGUAGGCAAGGACUCUGGAAAUCUGCAUGGCUGCAGUCGUGGCACAUAGUGGUUGCUGUGGCAUCUGUCAUGGAGUACAGCGAUCGAUCCAGACGCCUGACAAUCUGGCAGCACAAUCCUCUGGACGUCCUAUUAGAAAUUAGUCUCACUGUAUUCAGUGGGGUGUACCCCAGGUACGUGUGCACAGGGCUGCAGCCUCCCUAACCCUCACCGUUGGCAGAGGUGGCUGUGCUUUCUAAACUCCUAGGGAACGAAAGGGCUGCCCGUAAUAGGCCUGAGCCGUCUGCCCUUCCCACACCUGCCUCUCCUUUCUGCAGCUGCCCAUUCCAUCCCGAGUUCUUUAUAGACCUUUCUUCCCCCUCCCUGAUUUUUCAGCAAGCUGCCUCGAGUCACUUGUGUACUCUUUUCGCACAUAAACUGAACGCAACAUUUCUUAAAUCUGGAGAAGAGGGUGAGGAGCGCCUGCAAUUUGCGCUUGAAUCGGGUGUGCAUAGUUGGUUGUGUGUCAUGAAUGCAUGUGUAGUUUUUGCCAUGUGUAACUACAGUGUACAAAAUAUGUCAUGUAGAAAUUCAGGUGCAGAGCUUUCCUUGGCUGCCUGAUUCCGUCAGAGCUUGGAAGCUAAGCAGGGUCAGCCCCGCUUAGUACUUUGAUGGGAGACUGCCACGGACAACCAGAGUUGCUGUGCAGAGGCCGGCCAUGGCAAACCAGCUCAGCUCAUCUCUUGUCUUGAAAACUCCUGUGAGGGGGUCGCCGUAAGUCUUUUGUGACCUGAGCCGCCCAGAGUCCUGGGCUGUAGCUCCCUUGCGGGGAGCUCCUUCACCAGCAAUAGCAAGAUCCUGGAAGAACUGAAGAGUCCAAGCUUUUAACCCUUCUCCCUCACGACGGUGAGGGGUUGGCAGCUCCUGCUGCUGGUUGCUUUUAAAGCCUCUGUAGCCACUGUUAGACGGUACGCACAACUCAACCAGACUUGGCCCUUCUGUCCUGGGACAUGCAGUCUCAGCCGUGCUGCAGCUGACCUCUACGCACAUCAACUCACCGCUUUGGAUUCUUUUUGUAUUUUGAGGGUUUUGUUGUUGUUGUUGUUUUCAAGAAUGAAGUGUACCUUCUCUCCUCGGACCAGUCUAGCACCAGCUUGCUCCUCCUGGCUUCUGGUUGCCAGUUCAUCUUUGCGUCUGCUCUUUGUGGUCUGAACUUUUAGACCUUGACGUCUGCCAGUUAGUCUGCCCCUUUCCUGCUUCCCUCGAGCCUUCCUUUCAGACUCUCAGUUCCAGUGCCCUGUUGCCAGUCCCCCCCCUCUGUCCUUCUGGUGCCGUCUUUCCCCUCCUCUGGCUGGUCACUUCCCUCUAGUCAUACUGGUUUCUGUUUUCUCUUCUGUCCCCUACUUUGGUGCUAUCUUCUCUUGUCAUACAUUAUCCCCUGUCCCUCCUUUGGGUUUUAUAUAAAUUGAAAUCACCUUACUCGUUUUUAUUUAUAAAAUAGUUUUA